AUGUCUUCACCUUACGGCGGAAAGGAAUGUAUUACGUAUGGUGUUCCAAAAGGUGCAGGCUCUGAUAUUUUUUUGUACGAAUGUUCGAGUUGCCUCGGAUUGCCCGUUAAUAUUCCUCAUUACGAAUUUUUUAGAAUAGCAGUUAUAACGUGGAUUUUAUUUAGCUUCAUCAUAACAGUUGCUUAUAAAUCUUCAAUAAGCAGCAAACUAACUGUUCCACAGGAUGAUCCCGAAAUACAAAGUUUUGAAGAGUUAAUUCGUUCUCCGCUUCAGUUAACGGGCUAUAACAAUAUGUAUCGUUUAUUAGAAUACAAUGGAAGUGAGCCAACAAUAAAAAAAAUGGCACAAAAAUUUCAAAUAACCGAUUUCAAUAUAGAAAAAGCUGUAACAUAUAUUUCUACAGAAAGAAAAAUAGCUUACAUGGGGCAUACAUCAAUGUUUCUAUAUUAUGCCUUAAUCAAUCCUUUAGCCAAAGGGAACAUAUACGUUAUGACCGAUUGCAUACUAUCAUAUUAUCCAUCCGUUAUGUUGAAAAAACAUUCUCCUUUCCUUAUUCAGCUAGAUAUGCUAGUAAAUAGAUUAAAGGAAUCUGGUAUUACAAGCAAAUGGAGAUCCGAAUACAUUUUCAAAAUUCCACCGCCUCCUAGAACAUUCCUUAAACUGUCAAAUGAUCACAUUUACGACGUACAUUUAGCACUACAUAGUUCCUAG